ACGGGACUGACGGCACCCGCGACCACACGCCUCUCGGGGUUCGUAGCACCAUUCUUAUCAGCGUGAUCAACAAACCCCAUCCGUCUAUCAUCACUACCUGUCUUUCCAUCACUGUAAACUUCCCCACCACUAUCUACCACUCCUCAGCCGCCUUCUUCCGGCCUGCCAGCACAAAUCCACCCUCCCAGCGGCUGCCAUGCCAGUAACAGAAAACAGGCCCCCAGAGGACCCCAAGCGGGUAUGCUCAGACGAAACCAGUGAUGCCGACAGCUUCACGUUUGUGACUCACAAAGGUCCUCCAGCCGGUGACAGAGCGCCACGCCUCGAAUCGGACCCCAUCUACACCCUAGAACGAGUAGACUCGGGUGGUGAUCCCCCGGGCGCUGGCGCCCAGGAAGCCUCCAGAAUCGACUCCGAGACGCUCGACUCCCACCACAGACCCGUCAACCAACCGUUUGGGUUGGAAAUCUCCCGGACGCCAUCGCUCCUUCCCCAGCACAAGGUGGACUCCUUCCAACGUGCGAGCGCCAGCCUCCCCAGUCAUAUUCCCAAGGGCACCAACAAGUACCUCCGUCCCAAUGCUGUGUUCGUGGGUGACCAAGAAAGUGACAAACGGUGCCACGUUCGCGUGGAGUUCAAGACGGUGGACCUCGUCAACUCGGUGCUCACAGGCUUUCUCCAGAUCUCGGGAUUGACACCCGAACACUCGGAAAUCUCCACCUGCUUCCGUGGUGAGAUCAUCAACAACCCGCUCAGCUGCUACAAGUGGUUGAACAAGCGCAACUCGCCUACCGAAACUCCAAUACAACGGUACUCGUUCAUCACUGAAAACAAACAGUGGGGCUCGUACCCCAAGAACGACCUCGAGCACUGGCGUAUCUUGUCGUCAGCAUCGUACUACGACCAUGAUAGUCCCGAGGAGCAUUACAUCGAGCAGGAGGAGGCGAACUUGAAGCAAAGGUUGCGCAACAUCCAGAACGGCCUCGAGGACAACCAGUUCAUCUACAUGCGAUGGAAGGAAGAGUUUUUGUUGCCAGACUCGCGGGUCAAGCAGAUCGAGGGCGCUUCGUUCGAGGGCUUCUACUUCGCCGUGCUCAACAUCGGGGGCUUCGAGUCCCAGGGCCAGGGCCACUCUAAUAGAAUUGCUCCUGGGUCAAUCAAUGGGCUAUACUAUCACAAAACAUCGAGCCAGUUGCAGUCACUUAAUUUGAGGUAUGUGGGAGAGGAUCUGGUUUCUGACUCGUUUGAGUUUUUGUGAGCUAGCUGUGCUAGAUUAAUUUUUAAUACCACGUAGAGUCAUGAUAAUUGUAGAAUGGAGACGGAUCAGAUAUUACUAUAGUCGAGGGCUUGAGGUUUGACGUCUAGUAAUGAUUUGAAAUAUUUCUUCAACAUAAAAGCCCCAGAUAUUAAUUUAAGUGGAUGAAACGUCAUGGUUCAAUACUCCAAAGGCCCAGGUGCUUAGGAAUUUAGCCUAAAAAUACGGUUUCAGCUAGAAAUGCUCAGUUGUUCAGUAUGAUGAAUGCGAAUUAUAGAUUUGUUUCAGUAAUACUCUUCUCGUAAGAUUCGAAUUUGUGGUAAUCAUUAGCUUCGAC